AUGGACAACACUGUGGCCCCCCCGCUCUGCUUCCAUGGCGUUAACUUGUCGUGCAGGCGGCAGCUGCGGCCUCACUCUGAGAUCUCCCUCCUCUACACUCUGCUGAGCUGCAUCUCGCUGCUCACCGUCACCCUCAACCUGCUCGUCAUCAUCUCCAUUUCUCACUUCCGGCAGCUCCACACCCCGACCAACGCCCUGCUCCUGUCUAUGGCCGUGUCUGACCUGGUGGUGGGGCUGCUGGUGAUGCCCAUCGAGGGCCUGCGCUACAUGGAGACAUGCUGGCUGCUGGGGAGACUCAUGUGUGCCCUGAUGUCUCUCCUGUCCUACAGUCUGCUCUCUGGCUCUUUGGGCAACAUGGUGCUCAUAUCCAUAGAUCGCUACAUGGCCAUUUGUGACCCACUCCUCUAUUCCUCUAAGAUCACACUGAACAGAGUGAAGACUUCAAUCUGUUUAUGCUGGGCCUGUUCGGUCCUCUACAAUGGUCUGAUCCUGAAAGACCACAUCACGUGGCCCAACAGGUUCAGCUCCUGCCAUGGGGAGUGUGUGGUGGUCAUCAGCCACAUCUCAGGCAUAUUUGACCUCCUCAUCUCUUUUGUCGGGCCCUGCACUAUCAUGGUUGUUCUGUAUGUACGGGUGUUUGUGGUUGCCAUUUCUCAGGUGAGAGCCAUGCGGAGAGUAGCCGUCGCUGUCUCUGCUGCUCCCGCCGUGAAAAGAUCAGAGAGGAAGGCGGCUACGACUCUGGGCGUUGUGAUAGCCGUGUUUCUAAUGUGUUUCUGUCCGUAUUACUACCCCGCCCUCGCAGGUGAGAACACCUCCACCAGCUUGUCUUAUUUCGCUGCACUGACUUGGGUAAUGUUGCUCAACUCCUGUAUGAACCCCCUCAUUUACGCCCUCUUCUAUCCUUGGUUUAGAAAAGCCGUCAAACUCAUUGUCACCCUCCGAAUACUGCACGCUCACUCCCGCAACACCAAGAUCCUGUAAACACAGCUCUAAUCAGCAGCGCAGACACUUUUCUCCCACAUCGCACCUCAUCUACGAAGUGUAAAUUGACCAAAAAAAAAACUGUAUCCAUGACAACUGCAUCCAACCAAAAACAGAACACCUGUUACACACAGAUUAUUAUACAGAACCUUAGUAUAAUAAUCCUUUAGAGUCAUUAAUCUUUUGUUACAGAUCAUUAAGUAAACAUGUUUCCUUCACUCCUCCAUGCUACCUACUGUGUAUAAUGAUAAUUGCUCUAAUUUUAUUGACGUUAUGGAUGAGUUAGUGAUGUUUUUGGGCAAAUAAAUUAGCUCUUUUUUUACAGCCUUUUACUUAAGAUUUAUUCAAUAAAUCAUUCAUCUCUCUCUCUC